UUCAUAUUAGCGGAAGUUACAGGAGGUAUCGAGGACCGCGGGAACGAUAAGUCGUCUUAAACCAUGCAAAGAGACGACGGUGGUGCAGCUGCUAUGCCAGACGGUUCACCGCCGCCCGAUGACGAACAAGAUGAACACGAAAGAAGGAUCAUUAGACGUCGAUAUCGACAGCUUAUUGACGAAAUACAAGUCAAUAAAGAGGAGCUGGCUAAUCCUUCAUCCGACUCCCUCAACAACAAGCUCAAAGAGGCCGAUGAACUCUACAAGCCUGUUAAGAAGGCCCGAGAGGCCGCCCUGGACUCCAGUGUCCUGGUGAUGAUCGCCAACAUCGGCAGGUUAAAGGCCCAGGCUCUCACUACAGAGUUUGUCAAGUUCCAGGCUACGGAGUUUGCAGAGAAGUUGAUAACAUUCGUGAGUGGUCAGCAGUUGCAGGAUGGACAGAGGAUAUCCCACAAUGGCUGGGACCGACUCGGACAGGCAGUCCAGCCUUGCUUCAGAAGAGUUCCACCUUUCCAUUUUAUGCACGGAUCAUUUGAACCGGGAGAGAUCCACCCUAAAACAAAAGAUGGUCGAAGAAAGGUCAAAGAAAAAGAUGAUAUCGUUGGUCAAGCAACAAUACCCAGACAGUUACAAGACUUCAGUGAUUCUGACAAGAACGAAGCAACUACAGCAGAGGUGGAGAAAAUCCACAACUUAUUGAUACAGCAAUAUGACUUACAAAACAAUAACCCACUGUGUUACUUUGAGUUUGUCGUCAACCCAGAGUCGUUUGGUCAAACAGUGGAAAAUAUGUUCUACACAUCCUUCCUAGUCCGAGACGGUUACGCUGAGAUCUUUCUUGAUGAUGAUAAGCUGCCUGUGAUACAGCCCGUUGGGGAAGGUGAUGUCCAGUCUGGGGCCAGUCCCAGGAGACAGCAAGUGGUCAUAUCAAUGACACCACAGAACUUCAGGGACAUCUGCAAGACAUUUAGAAUCGAAGCCCCCUUGAUACCAACCCGACCCAUGUCCCACCCACUGCUCGCAGAGAGGGGCACUUCCAAAGGAAAAGGGAAAGGCAAGAAUAGAAGCAAAUAGAGUUUUAUUUAUGCAUCUUUUGUUACUCUAUCCGUCAUGUGCCAUAACAAAUGAAUGGAGGCAGCUCAGCCCUGCAGACAGAGCCAGCCAAUCGCUAUGCAGCUAACAUCAUCCAAUCACAGUGCAGCUUACAGAUUGACUGUUGAAUGUGGGUCUUCGUCUCCAUGUUUUAUGACUGAACAGUGCAAUUGUGUUUUAGAUUUAGAAUGGAGUAGCCAUUCUCAAAGUCUGUGAUCUCGUGUUUGCUGUACAGAGUACAGUAGAUGAACUCAAACUGUGCCUCGUGGUUUGAUUUUAUCUCGAAUGUGACUUUUAUGUGUUCAUUGACUGCGGGUAUGGAUGAGAGAUGUAUUCAAGAGGUUACAAUGUGUCACUCCUGGUGCUUUGUUUAAUAAUGAGACGGGUGGAAAUAACCCAUUGCCCAACGCCCAAGUCCAGUGUUUUUUUCUGUCGGGCAAGCAAAUUUGUAUAUCACACUGUACCGGUGUCCAGUUGAUAUU